AUGAGACAGAAGGCUUUGACCCACCUGGUAGACGAGGAGUCGCGGCGAGCUUCCUCCACGGCUUUUCGCGCGCUGCUUCGAUCUGAAGCAGAACCAGGGGCUCGCGCUUUUCUGGCAGCCCGACGUGGGGGCCCCACACGUAUGGACAGUGCAUUCUUUGUGGCUGAACUCCGUCACCGCUUGCAGAUCCCAGAGGCAACUUCUGACAAGUGGUGGCCCCUGUGUAACGCAUCCUCGACACUCUUUCACUGCAUGCUGGCACGUGUCGCCAGGCGGGAGAAAACUCUGCGACACACAGCUGUGCGCGAUGCCCUUUUCCGAUGGGCGGACCGGCCGAACCUCCAACCUGAGAAGGAGCGCCCCGGGCUCCUCCUUCCACAAAGACCGGAUGACCUUGCCAACCAGCUGCCGACAUCUUCCUUCCCAGCAUCACCGGUGUCCCCGCUGCUCUUGACCUGGCCAUCACGGGGUCGAGUGGGGUUUGCCUUGUCCGUUGCAGCUGUGAUGCAAGUGACCUGGCAGAAGGUCUUCUCCAGCCUCCUUGAAUUUGCUCUAGAAUUGCAGAUGCACCAGGAGGAUUCUUCAUCGAAUGCAUUCAGCAAUAUGCGGCUGUUGCGCGUCCUGCGUGUUGCAAAAGUAACGCGGGCUCUUCGAAUAGUCAGGGUUGUGAAGUUCGUGCGGUCAUUGAAGUCCCUUCUUUUCUGCAUCGGGCGCACCCUAAGGGCAUUGGCAUGGUCGCUGGUUCUUCUGAUGCUCAUUGUAUUUGUGUUUGGGCUGAUUUUUACAGACAUCACCUCUGAAUACUUGACACAGACGGACACUGUUGUUGAUCCCAUCACCGCAGGAACCUUGCGGACGCGCUUUGGGGGUCUGGAGCUGUCGAUGCACACCUUGUACGGCUCCAUCACUGGAGGUUUCACAUGGGUUGAAGCUCGCGAUGCGUUUGGUGAAAUCUCCUUCGUUUGGGGCAUACUUUUCGAAGGGUACAUUUCAUUUUGCCUGUUUGCAGUCUUAAACGUCAUGACGGGAGUGUUCUGUCACUCCGCCAUCGAAAGUGCCGACAAGGACCAUGAAAUGAACUUACAGAUUUUGGCUACUGAAAGAGAGAAGUACUUCCGCGCAGUGAAACGGCUCUUUGCGAGGCUUGACGCAGACGCUGAUGGAGGAAUCACGGCAACAGAGUUCGAGGUUGCGCUACAAGAUAAGACGCUUAUCAGUGUGUUUGACGCUCUGGAGAUCAGUGUGGGAGAUGCCUGGAAUUUAUUCCGGACUCUGGACAGUGAUGGAGAUUCUCAUGUGGGACCACAGGAGUUCAUUGAUGGCUGCUUGCGACUAAAAGGUCCUGCUCGGUCCAUUGAUGUCGUUUGCAUCAAGAGGGACCUCAACACCCUGAUGCAGAAGCUGGACACACAGGUGGAGGAAAUGACGCACAUAAAGAAGAAAAUCACCAGAGCCGACUGA